CUACUUCCUAUUGGGGGUGGAGAUUUGAAAAUGAAACUUGGAGAAGUUUGGGGCUGAGGAGACACAACCCGGGGCGCGGAUUUCGGAAUCCUCAGGAUGGCGGAGCAGCAGGUCCCCGAUCCCCCGCAGAAGGAGGAAGAGGUCAUGAAUGAGGAGACGGAGGACGACGUGGACGCCAAACCCGACCGGAGUCAAAGAUUAUCGUUCUUCUCCAGAAAAAAGAAAAAUGACCCCGAUAAAUCGGAGAAGAUGCCGCGACUGAACCAGCGCCUGGUCAGCCCCGAGCACCAGUACACCAUGAACUACGGGAGGGUCGGCAAGUGUGUCAUCAUCAACAACAAGAACUUCCACGAGACAACAGGGAUGUGUAUACGUAACGGCACAGAUAAAGACGCCGGUGAUCUCCUUUUUUGCUUCAAGAAACUGGGAUUUGAUGUAACUGUUUAUAACGACAGAAACUGCGAAGAAAUGGAGAGACUGCUGCAGAACGUGGCGCAGCAGAAUCACAGCGACAGCGCUUGCUUUGCCUGCAUCCUGCUGAGCCAUGGAGAAGAAGGACAAAUCUACGGCACUGACGGGGCGAUGGCGAUAAAAACUCUGACCACCCUGUUUCGGGGAGAUAAGUGUAAAAGUCUCGUCGGGAAGCCGAAACUCUUCUUUAUCCAGGCCUGCCGGGGCUCAGAGUUCGAUGAGGGGAUUCAGACCGACUCGGGACCCGCCAACGACUCCAUGGAGACAGAUGCCAGUCCCAGAUACAAGAUCCCGGUGGAGGCCGACUUUCUCUUUGCCUAUUCAACGGUACCAGGUUACUAUUCCUGGAGAAAUCCGGGCCGGGGCUCCUGGUUCGUUCAGGCGCUCUGCAGCGUUCUCAAUGAGCACGGGAAGCAGCUGGAGAUCAUGCAGAUCCUCACCAGAGUCAACCACAUGGUGGCGACCAGCUUCGAGUCCUGGUCCGACGACCCGCGCUACAGCGAGAAGAAGCAGAUACCGUGCGUGGUGUCCAUGCUCACCAAGGAACUGUACUUCUAGACGAUGAUGUUCCAGACCCUCAGGGGGUCACAUACAGUCAAGGAACCCGCAGGCAAUGGUCAAUAUAGAAAACUGGGUCACAGAACAGAUCCCAAGAUCUCUGCAGAAAUCUCACAUUUCUUUAUGUCCGUCUGAUGUCAUCGUGAAGAUCUCAUCUCAGUUCGGUGGAAUCCACUGCCGUUAAAGGGAAUGUAGAAAAGUCUCUCCACCGCGCAGAUGACGCGCAAAUCCCAGUGACAAUAACUACAUUUCCAGUACACCCCCAGUACUGAGCUCUCCUGUUCUUGUCAUGUCUUCAUUUCAGCCAUAUCUGUGCCUAGGAAAGCUGGGUGACUACUGGUGACCGCCAUGACUGCGUCCACAGGGCUUGUCGCGCAGCUUUCUUAGACUCCUGAAGGGCAUACAUGGUGCAGCGGGAUUUACUGCCCCCUAAAUGCCCAGAUUUUGCAUUCAAAACUUCAUAGAAAGUUGGCCAUAUUGGCUAUUACCCAGCUUUCCCAGAGACAGAUAUUACUUAUGACAUAAGAGGAUUAGAGGGAUGGCUACCCAGCUUUCCCACAAUCCCGAAGGGCACUCCUGGAACCAGGGAGGGGGGAUUUGCUGUAUAAUUGUGCAGAUUUUCUAUUCGUAGCUCUGCAUGACGACUUGAUGACCAUUAUAUCGGUUGUCAUCCAGCUUUCCCAGAAACAGGUAGAACUAAAAACAACUCAGGGACUUAGAUUUACUGGGAAAUGGGGAGGGUGUUCUCCACAAUCAGUAUAUUUGGGGUGCGUCUCUGAAUACCUCAACAUGGUCAGUAUUUGUGAUCCAGACGGAAUAGUCUUUUAGUUGCACCCGAGAUAUAAUGUGUAUAUAUUUCUCUUUGAUAGCUGUCUCCUCCCCCUUCAGUAAUACACUCCUCCUCCUUUCUGUGUAGCUCCUCCUCUCCACCGCGAACCUAUAAGACUCAGGAUAUAGAAAAAAAAAGAAACUAUCUAGAAAAAAAAAUGAGGAUUUUCAUAUCCCGGAGAAUUACAGCAAUAAUGGUGAAAAGAUUUUAUAAAAAUGAGUUUAAUAAACCUUUUUAUCUUAUUGUGAA